AUGGAGCAACUUCGGUCUGCAAUCCGCUACCUGACCUUCGAACUGUUGGAGAUUCGCCACACAUGCUCUCAUGAUGAACAACUUCAAGAAUUUCAGCGUGAUGACAAUGAGAUUCACGAGCUCAUGAGCGAAGACAAUUCCUUGUUACAGCUUCUUGAAGAGUUGGUAGAGGAGUUUGAGUCAAAGUUUCAGUCCCUACGUACGGAGGACGACCCGUAUGGUAUAUCUUUCUGGGAAACUUACUGGCCGCAACGAAUGAGGGAGGUCAUAACAGAGCUCAAUGACUUCAGGCUAAGCGAGGAUGAAUACCUCUCAGCUCAGAGCCUUGGGGUGAAAUGGCAUCAGACAGAGGAUGGACCAGAAUGGCAUUCGGUAGAUCCGGCGAAUCUCAGAUCCGACUGGAGUGUCGAAGUUGAUGAUGAAUGGAUGUGGCGCAGAUUCAAAUCAGUAGAAGACUGGAGGUCCAGGUUAGAACUCAUCAUGUCCAGAGCCUACUCUAAGUAA